AUGAGCGCUCGAGCGGUGGCUAGACGAGCACGGAUCGCUGUUCGGCACGCAGCACUUCCAUCAUGGAUAUCGCAAGCCACAACCACAGCGGCAUCGUCAUCCUCGGCACUUCCAUCCACUUCGCGAAGCUAUGGCAGCUCCGUCACUGCCAGGCAGCAAUUCCAAGAUAGUGCAGCCAAUGUUCAUGACGAAGCUCCUCAGCAUCGAGAUGCAUCAAGCAAGGAUGCUCCGUCCAGUCCAGUUCCGGCCCAGACCACCGCAAACGAUGGCCAGUCUGCAGGCGAGAGCGCUGCUUCAGAUUCUUCGGUGCGGCAAGCUGGCCCAAGCGAGCAUGUGCUGGCCACAGCGGCUCCACAACAGUCCAAUCAUGCUGCUGCCUCAGUCGCCGAGGACGUCUUCAAGAUCCGAGCUCCUGCCGCCUCGAUUGUCGGUGGCGCCACACCGCGGCCAGUCGAGCGAGCUCAGUUCAAAUCGAGCGAUUUACGAUUGGGAGUCAAGAUGGAGAGCUCUUUGCUGCAGGCUCGAGAGACAACGAGGGCUAAGCAAGAAAAGCAGAACAAGCGAGGUCCUGCCGAGUCGGGUCAGAGCAGGAAUCAAGGUCCAAGCACGGGCGGCUCUAGGGCGCCAGCGGUCCGCCCAAAUGAUUCGGAAGUGACGACGAGAAUCAGAUCUGCCAUCAUAGCAGAGGAUUGGAAAGCUGCGGAAGCUGCCGUCUUGCCGACAGAUUCAGCCUCGCUCGAUCAAGUCAGCCUUCUCAACUCGCCCAAUCUCGACCUGAGGCUCGUUCCGAAAGAAAAAUCAUCCCUUUUGGACCUCUUCACCGAAGCGGUGGACAAGCAGCAGCCCUGCCUGAAUGCGCUCAUCGUUCUCACUAAUCACGCCCUACGCACAUGCGACACCACUGCCUCUUCAGCAGAUCAGCUAAUCCGAUGGGUUCAACUCGUCUUGCGACUCGACCCCACGUUGGACCUAACCUCUUUCGCUCUCCAAUUCGGCGACAUUCGCAAGCAGGGACCUCAUCUAGGCCUUGAUUUUCAAUUGGCAAAAUCACUCGUCCUUUGCUUGUUGAGCAGCGCCGCGAGGCUUUCGAGAUCAAGUAAGGGCGAGGAAGCGAGAACGUUGGCGAAACGAGAAGCAGAAUUUGUGAUGAGCUUGGCCAGGGGUCAAGCUAGACUUCGGAGAUCUUCGCUUCAUCAACAAGCGCUAUGGAGCUUGAUCAUGAAUACCAGCAAGAGCUGGCCGAAAGAAGAAGCUUUGAAAGAGGCUGUUACCAGAACCAAGGAGCUUUUGCCUGUGUUGGACGCAGUGUGGGGUUUGGAUGGGGAGGAGCCAGGAAGCGAGAUGGUUCGCGAUGAAGAGCACAGCACUGCGGCGCAUGCACCACCCCUGGAAGAGGCCAGCAAUGUGCAGAUUCAAGGCGCGCCCGUACGCAACGCUUUGGCAAGGCGCUUCGGAGCACUCGUAGAGACGAAAUCGUGGAAUGCAGUCGACGAUCUUGGCAAGGGAGCCAGGAGAGCGAUCGAGAUGGGCUUCCUCACGCACCAUACAGGCGAUCGAGGAACCUCGAAUGCCGACUGGACCGACACCACGUCGGCAAUUCAGAUUCGAUCAUUGUUGCAGCUGAAAAGACCACAAGAAGCCGCGAUGGCAUGGGACACGCAUGUACGCGCUUCAGGAGGCGAUCGACCUUCUGCACUUGUUUGGUCCGGCCUCUUGUCCGGUUAUCUAACGAUGGGCAAUUGGGAAGCUAUGAGGGCCACGUGGGACUCGAUGAAGGGUCAAGAGAGAGACAGUCAUGGUCUCACCACCAUGAUCUCUGGUCUUUUCAGAGCUCGAUUGGUGGAUGAAGCUCUAGGACUGUUCGAUCAGUAUCGCAGGAGCAGUCUUUGCGUCAUUGCAACAUACAAUGCCGUCCUGCAUGGACUUGCAACGCAUGGGCAGAUAUCGACUGCGGACUUGCUCUUCAACGAUAUGCUUGCUGGACCGGAGCACUUGAGGCCUAAUCAGGGAAGCUUCAACACACUGCUACGUGCCAAUGCUAGGAGGCAGGAUCUGCGCAGCGUGUCCAAGACGCUGGAGCAAAUGGACGCGGCUGGCGUGGCACCGGAUGUCGUCACUUUUACGACCAUCCUCGAUGGACUGCUCAGAGCUGGACAUCCCAACGCGACAAAAGACGUGAUGAACAUUAUCAAAGAGACGGGAGUGGAGCUGAAUGCGCAGCUCGUCACUGCCUUGAUCAGGUGCACCCUGUUCGACCAGACUCCCAUCACUGCUCAAUCCGAGGGUCUCGAUGUGCUGGGCAGCAGAGACGAAAAUGCGAGUGGACAUCUGCCUCGGGCUAGAGAAGCUUUGCUGAUGUUGCUGGACAUGGAACGGCAUGGACCUGCACCUACUGGCAUCACUUAUACCGCCAUCAUGUCUGGUUUGGGCAAGAUGCAGCUGGCAGAUUUUGCGAGAUGCAUGAAAACGUUUCCCGCGACAUUUGCGAAGAGCGUGCCUCAGCGCUUCAAAGCCGAAUCGACGGAUGUUUUGGGAAGCAUCGCGCAAGUGGCGCCUCAGACUGCGUUCAUGCUAAAGUUGAGAGAUCACAUGCGAAAUCGAUCCUUUAUCCCUUCUAGAGCGCAGAACCACAUCGUGUUGGAUUCGCUCUUGAUGCCUAGAUGGACCAGAGAGGCACUUUUGGAUGCUUCGCUUGCUCGACUGAUCAACGAUGCGCAGCAGCUCUUUGAUCAGAGAGCCAUCAGCUUGUUAAAGGCGAUGAUGGAAAGGAAUGGCGGAAUGGAUGUGCCUUCUUAUAGGACCUGGCUCUUGGUCCUUCGACACCUGAUCGACCGCCUCCGAUCGGGCGAUCCGAGCGCAGCUUCGAAACUGCACAAGGCGCUGGAGAUGUACGGAAGAGGUGUGGAUGCCCUCUCCACCCCCUCCACCUCCACCUCCACCGCCACUACUUCUGCAUCGUCGACGACGGAAAGCAACAAGGAAAAGUCGACGCUGAGAAGAAUGGUGGCGUUGGCGAGGGAGGAGAGCGUUAG